AGUACUCGAUUCAAUCCGCUCACGUCAACACAGCACGCUAAAAAUGAAGUCUGCUAUUAUUUGCGUGUUCUUCAUCGCGACUGCAACGUGGGCUCAGGAUACAAGGCCAGAAGUUCCCAUCUAUCUACCGCCGCCCUCUAUAACAACGACGACCACAGAGGCACCAGUAACGACCACUAUAACAGAGGAGCCAACAACAGAAUCCUUGACAACUACAACAACUGAGACCAGUUCCACAUUCUCAACAACCGAGCCUGCCGCAACUACAACAACGGAAAUAUCCACAACUUCGACAACCGAACCAAGUACUACAACUUUAACAACAAAGAAGAUCCCAUCAACAACAACAGCAAUCAUCACAACUACAGGAGUAGAAACCUCCACAACUACAACGACAGAAACCACCACAGCUUCCACAACACAAGGCGAUCCAAUAUAUCCGACUUACAGACCUCCCUACAUGCGGCCCUCGACCUCAGGGAUACCUCCCGUUUCUUCCACAAACCCCUGGAUCUGGAACAAUGGCAAUCCGGCAGUAAAAUGUUAUCUGCGAAAUCAACAGGAAUACAGAAGUGAUUGUUAUGGAGUGGGUUGGCAUCCGACGACAAUUUGUUACCGCUGCUGCUACUAUGAUCAAAACAGAAUCGCCGGAUGCAGUAAAAUUCACCGAGGACGGUGUUCGUGGUACGAUUAUGCUCGAUGGAUAUCACCGAAUUUCUAUGUCUAUUAAAUAAUAACAUUAAAAGGUGGCGUAACAUUGAAAUUAUAUAUGAACUGUACAUUUCUGUAAUAAAACAAUUGUUAUCCGUUGGGUGUCGAAC